UUUCAGUCAAUUUCAAAAUAUUGUACACAUUUACCAGCUGCUCACACGGUUAGAACAAAAUAGAGAUCGUAGAUUAUAACCGCCAAACAUCAAAAAUGACACACACAAAGAGAAGUUCAGAUAAAAAACCCGAUCCAGAGAAUAAAACAGUAUAUAUCAUAUAUCAGCAACCCCAAACGGAUGAAGAAUUCAUACACGGCCAAUCAACGGUCGAUGAUGUGCUACAAUUUAUGGAAGCCAUUGGCGAUGCCAACAAAGCAGAUGCCGGCGCCGCUUCCAAGGAAAAGAAAAACUACAGUGAAAAACUAACAGAAGACAACUAUAUGGUCACCAGUCGAUCGGUUUAUGGCAGCAGCUAUAAGCGUAGCAGGUCAAAGACCAAGGUCACGGCCAACACAAAUCAGUUUACAUUCAUGCGUCAGAUCGAUCAGGAUCUGAAGAGCCGCCAACUGGUGCGAAUUGAGCGGGAGCGCGUGGCCGAAAACUUUCGCCGUUUGGGCAAUCAUGAGUAUCGCAAGGAGAACUACGAAGUGGCCGCACAGCAGUACACCAAAGGUCUGGCCACCAUCAAUGAUACCCCUGUACUCUAUGUAAAUCGUGCGCUAUGCUAUCUCAAACGACGUGAAUUCAAGCGUGCCAUCAUGGAUUGUGAUUAUAUUUUAACCUAUUUGGAUCCGAAAUAUCUACGUGCCUGGCUGUACAAGGCAGCCGCCCAUAAACGUUUGAAUGAUGAGACUCAUUACCAGUUGAGUGUCUAUAUGGCCAGGCGUUCGAAUCACACAGAAGAUGAAUUUAUUGACAACUUUUUGGAUAAGAUGCGAUCGCACCUUUGAGCGAGAAUCAUAAAAAUAUUCAGUAAAUUAUAAAAAAAAAAUUAAGUUUAGCUUUAGUAAAUUCAUUAAAUAACAACAAAAAU